CCGGGCGCCAUGGAGCCGCGGGCGGUGGCGGACGCCGUGGAGGCCGGGCCGGAGGACGCGGCGCUGGGCGCCCUGCGCGCGUACAACCGGGAGCACUGCCAGAGCUUCGCGUUCGACGCCGCGCAGCAGCAGGACCGGCAGCGGCUGGCGGGGCUGCUGGCGGCGGCGCUGGAGCGGGGCGUGGCGGGCGCGGGCCGCGGGGCCUGGCUGCAGAGCGUCCGCAUCCUGACGCGCGACCCCGGCUGCCUGCGCCUCUUCGCCCGCGCGCGCAGCCUGCACGCCCUGGCGCAACACGCGGGGCUCGCCGCGGACGCGGACGCCGACCCGGACCCGGACGCGGACCCCGACGCGGACGCCGACCCGGACCCGGACGCGGACCCCGACGCGGACGCCGACCCGGACCCGGACCCCGACCCCGACGCGGACCCCGCCGCCACGCUCGAGGCCCUCAAGUGCCUGUGCAACCUGGUGCUCAGCAGCCCCGCGGCGCAGCUGCUGGCGGCCGAGGCCGGGCUGGCGGCGGCGCUGCUGGAGCGGGUGGCGCGCGCCCACGCCCACGCCCGCGCCCGCACCCACGGCCACGGCCACGGCCACGACCUGCAGUUCUUCGACCUGCGCCUCCUCUUCCUGCUCACGGCGCUGCGCCCCGACGUGCGGCGGCGGCUGGCGGACGAGCUGCGCGGGGUGCGCGUGCUCACGGCCGCGCUGGAGCGGACGCUGGCGCUGGCGGCGGGGGGCCGCGACGCCCCCGGGCCGCCCGAGCGCCUGCCCGCCCCGGAGACCGAGCGCGCCAUGGAGGUCCUCAAGGUGCUCUUCAACAUCACGCUGGACUCGGGCAAGCGGGAGGCGGACGAGGAGGACGCUGCCCUUUACCGGCACCUGGGGACCCUUCUGCGGCACUGUGUGAUGAUCACGUCUGCCGGAGACCGCACAGAGGAGUUCCACGGCCACACAGUGAAUCUUCUAGGGAACUUGCCGCUCAGGUGUCUGGACGUCCUCCUCUCUCUGGAGCUGAAACCAGACUCCCUGGAAUUUUUGGGAAUGAACAUGGAUGUGAUCUGCGCCCUCCUCAGCUUCCUGGAGAAACGUCUGCAGCAGACACACAGGCUGAAGGAGAGCGUGGCCCCAGUGCUGAGCGUGCUGACCGAGUGUGCCCGCAUGCACCGCCCUGCCCGGAAGUUCUUGAAGGCCCAGGUGCUGCCCCCGCUGCGGGAUGUGAGGAACCGUCCCGAGGUGGGAGAGCUGUUGCGGAACAAGCUCGUUCGUCUCAUGACCCACCUGGACACCGACGUGAAGAGGGUGGCCGCUGAGUUCCUAUUUGUCCUGUGCUCAGAGAGUGUGCCCAGGUUCAUCAAGUACACAGGCUAUGGAAACGCUGCGGGCCUCCUGGCUGCCAGGGGCCUCAUGGCAGGGGGCCGGCCUGAGGGCCAGUACUCAGAAGAUGAAGACACUGACACAGAUGAAUAUAAGGAAGCAAAAGCCAGUAUAAACCCAGUGACCGGGCGGGUAGAAGAAAAGCCACCUAAUCCCAUGGAAGGCAUGACCGAAGAACAGAAGGAACACGAAGCCAUGAAGCUGGUGAACAUGUUUGACAAGCUGUCCAGACACAGAGUCAUACAACCCAUGGGGAUGAGUCCCCAGGGGCAACUCACACCCUUGCAGGACGCAUUAUGCGAGACCAUGGAGGGACAGCUCUCCUCGGACCCUGACUCAGACCCUGACUGAAGAUGCAAUGGUCCCCACUUCCCCUUCAGAACUGGUGCUGCCUGCAGAUACACCCUUGGGUCUUGACCAGGGCUCACACCUUCCUCUUUUCUCUCAACUUUUUGUUCCUGCUUUGCCACUGGUCCAGUUUCUCUUCUAUAGACCUGUGGGGACUCAUCCUGCUAUGUGGAACUGGAGUUUUUGCCAGUGAAGUGGUUUCCUUUGUAUGUGCCAAGAGGGCUUCAUGCUCAGGCAACUGCCAGGAGGCAGGGCUGAACUGAAGCACUGCCGUGGGGUGCGUUGCUGAGCUAGGGUGUCCAUGAUACCAGGGUCCUCCUAGUGGUUACAGAGCACUUCACUAGCAGCCUUUCCAGUGGCUGACACCAUAAAUAAAAUGAUUUUGCACCACACCAAGACAUCCUAGAAUAACACUGAUAGCCCAUGUGUGAAGCAGAACUGGAAACUAACUUCUUUCUAGAUCCCAGCACCACUGUGUCUUGUAUUCCAAGUGAGGCCACUAAACUGUCCUGAGGAGUUUUGUGUCAGUGAAGUCUGUUGUGGAUGCAUAACUGGGAUCAUGGCUCAAGGCGGAGAGCCAGAGGGCACGGGGGAGACUAGAGGCAGGCAGGUACUGGGAUAUACUCAGCCUGGCAGAAGUGAUCUGUGCAGCAGGGCUAGGACAUGUGACAGAUUCUGCCCAAGAUGUGUCCUGACCUCUGGUGUAGGAGCCCAGGAACCAGCCAGGGUUUCUAAGGAGAAAUGCCUUCCCUGUCCUUUAGAUACAUCCUAAUGGAGAAUGGGGACAAGUAGAAAGUUUAUUAAAGUAAUUCGGGAAAAGGAGGUAUGCUGGAUUGUGUCACGGUCCAUAGGAAACCUGCUGUGAGGGCUAGAGGGUGCUCUGAAGGUCCUUCCCAGUCUCCAGGCGGAACCCAGGGACUGCUUUCAGUCCUUGUUCCUCAAUAGGAGACUUCCACAUUCCACCUGGUCACCUUUCUACAUUCACUGUCAAUUCCUGCAUUCCCUUUGAGGAGACAAAUAAA